AUGGCCAAAACAGCUCUGCGGUGUUUCUACGGCUUCGAUGCAGGUGACAUUUCUUCAUUGGCUCCCAGCCUUUUGCCGAAGCAGGGCUGCGACCUCUCAAAAUAUCAGCUGCUGUCAAUCGACAAAGUUCAGCGGGACGUUUGCCACAGUUUGCAGGAGAGUGAUGGCUGUGCACUGUGGAAACUGAUCAGCAAGGUGCGGGAGCAUCGGGAAACGGCAAUUCCAAUGGAGGCAUCCAUGAACUCAAAGGUGGGACACCUCACUGUCAGUGAAGGACAAGGUGGUGAUGCUCGACAGGUCAUUGGUCGGCUUUCGACCUCGGAGACGCAGAUGCUCCUGAGCGUAUUGGACUAUCGCCGUAACAGCCAUGCCCAGCCGCUAGCAGCAGCAGCGUGA